AGCUAAUAAGAUAGAAUAGUGCUAUAAAACAUCAGAAGAACAGCAGACGAUAUCCCAUUUAUGGCCAAAAACGGAUCCAAUGAUCAUGUAAAACCACUUGUCGAUUGGUCCGAAGUUCCGGGAAUAUCGGAGUACUUCGCAGAUGAGGAUAGGUUGGCGGCACUGUUCUACACUCUCGACUACUACAAGGAUGGGUAUGUGUCUGUGGAUGAACUUGAGAGGUACCUCACCAGGAAAGGAAUGUUGACGGACCGAAGUGAAAUUGAGGCAAUAAUAGCUCGAGGAGACAUCCGUAAAGAUGGUAAGCUGGACUACCAAGAGUUCAUGUUGUUCAUGUUGGAACACGAGAGGAACCUUUGGGAACACUUCGUGGAGCUUGACCACGAUGGAAGCGGUCAAAUAUCGUACAGUGAGCUGAAAAUGUACUGUGAGAACAAUGAUAUUGAUAUUCCAAGUGACGUUCUUGAGGACCAUCUGAAACGGCUCGACAAAGACGGGAAUCUGCAAAUCAGUUGGGACGAGUUCAGAGAGUUUAACCAGUUCAAAAGCAGAUACGAUUUUGCGGAUACUGCCACGCUUUUCGGGUCAGCGUACGUUGACGGUAUCAUAGAUCAAAUACCAGAGUCCCAUAAAAACAAUGCUAGUUCGGGUCACCUGAAGAAGAUCCUAUGUGGGGGUCUAGCGGGGGUUGUCUCCAGAACCUGCACAGCGCCACUGGACCGCCUCAAGGUCCUGCUCCAGGUUCAGGGCCAGCAGAGGGUGGUGGGCAACAGACAGAACAUGGGAGCUAUCCAGAUGUUGAGGGCUAUGUGGAGGGAGGGGAUAUUUACCAUGUGGAAAGGAAACCUUGUAAACUGCAUGAAGAUAUUUCCCGAGAAUGCAGUUCGGCUCUACAUCUUCGAGCUUUUGAACGAAACGCAAAUUGUGACGAAGAAUCCUCUGUGGCACAUUCAUGGCGAUAAGUUAAGCAAGUUUUCUAACGGCGCAUUUACGGGUAUUUUUGUACAGACGUUCAUGUAUCCUGUAGAGAUAAUAAAGACUAGAAUCAUGACAUUCCCCUCCAAAUUGGGAAACAUGGGAGUUUUCCAAGCUUCUAAACGUAUUUGGAACGAAACGGGAAAUCCACGGUUUAAUGGAAUUCCGAUAUUCAACUUUUACAAAGGUUUUACACCCGCCAUUAUAGGUGUGAUGCCCUUUGCAGCGCUAGAACUUGGAUGUAGUAAGUUGGGCACGGAAUGGUACAAAGAGCAUUUCCAAACGAAAGUACCAGGCUUCUAUCCUUUACUGGGGAUAGGAACUACCUCCUCCUUCGUAGCGAUGGGUGCUACUUACCCUUUCAGACUUAUUACUUGUCAGAUGCAGGCUUACACUGGUCCUGAGAAAGACAGAUUAGGCCCGAGAGCCCACGCGGCAAAAAUAUUAAAAACAGAAGGAUACAAAGGAUUUUACAGGGGUUUCCUGGCAAACAGUAGUAAAGCAGUUCCCUCCUCAGGGAUUGCUUGGGCAACCUUUAACAUGACCCAACAAUAUUGGGAUCGUUGGUCAACGAAGACAUAUUCUUGAUAAUGAAUUAUUUUAGGAGUUUCUUACGUUUUAUUUUAAUAUUUAAUGUUCUCGUGUGUCAAAAAUGGAGAAGGCACUUUCACGCUGUUACGACAGUAACAAUUAAAAUUACAAAAUAUUUAUCCGUACUACUACUAUAAUCUCGCCCUUUUUACUCAUCUGAAAAGUGGGUUUUAAUUCUGCCCUUCAUUUUUCAUACUCAAUGAUUUUACCAGCAGCUUUGGCUAUCCGAAAACCAAAAAAUAAUUCGACGUUUAUUCAAGAAUUUCUGACAAUUCUCUUCCAUCGAAUAUUUUGAUCUGCGCUAAUUUAAUGUUAACGUUAGACAGUCCUUUUACUGUACAUAGUUUUCCAACAGACUUGACGAAUGCUUUUUUACAUUUCUUGUUUAUAUCGCCAAGAGACGAAAGGGAUGUUUAUUUUUUCGAUUAUGAGGUUGAAUUUUUAAAUUGUUAAAUAUUUGUUAUCGCAGUGAAAAAAGAACGAAGGGCUCUGAACAGAUUUCGUCUUCAGUUACAUGAUAAAUGUUAUGCUUGAUUUCAGACAAAGUUAUUAGAAUGGUGAUAUAAACUGAGAUAUCGUAUAUUUUCGCUACAGGAUACAUUAUCUACAACAAACGCUAUUAUCCUUGUAAUUUGUUGUACAGCUAGGUAUUUAUUUCAGUUAAAAUCUUUUAUGGUGUUGAAUAUUUAGUUAUAUUUUAACAAAGUGUCAACUGCCAGCACUUGUAAGGAAGAUUCACAAUACAUAGCUGAGACUUUUAGUUUCACUUUUUAUAUCUUAAAAAGGA